UAAAGGGGCGCUCACGUGUAACUGGCUCGUGAAAGGAGGGGCGCCAGCAGACGUUUGCUACAUCUGUUUCCAUCGUUCAAGAUCCUCUGAAAAAACACGAAGCAGCGAUGGCGGAGGCUCAUCAGGCGGUAGCGUUCCAGUUCACCAUCACACCAGAAGGCAUCGACCUGCAGCUGUCCUACCAGGCCCUGAACCAGAUCUACCUGUCGGGGGUCCGGUCCUGGAAGAAGCGAGUCAGCCGCAUGAAGAACAGAGUGAUAAAGGGAGUGUAUCCUGCGAGCCCGUCGUCGUGGCUCUUUGUUGCCAUAGGGAUCCUGGCUACCAUGUAUAUGCAGUCUGAUCCCAGCAUGGGGCUCAUCGCAAAGAUACAGCAGCAUCUUCCUCUGAGUCUGCAUGUUUCUCUGAGCAGUCAGGGUCAAACCAUGGUGUCAGCUCUGGUCUUCAGCACCCUGCUGUGGCUCUCCCUCAUCCUCGCCCUGCGCUUCUGCCUCAAGCUGCUGCUCUCCUACCACCACUGGAUGUUCGAGCAGCAUGGGAGAGUCUCCAACACCACCAAAGUCUGGGUGACUCUGAUGAGGUUAUUUUCAAGAAAGAAGCCUUUGCUGUACAGCUAUCAAACCUCCCUUCCUCACCUCCCUGUUCCUGCCAUACAAGACACUCUGAGCAGGUAUUUAGAGUCAGUGCGCCCUCUGCUGACGGACUCAGAGUUCCAGCAAAUGACUACAUUGGCCAAUGAGUUUGAGUCGACCCUUGGACACCGGCUGCAGCGCUACCUAAAACUCAAAGCUCUGUGGGCCACCAACUAUGUGAGCGACUGGUGGGAGGAAUACGUCUACUUGAGGAGCCGAGGGCCAAUAAUGGUCAACAGCAAUUACUAUGGCAUGGACUUCCUGUAUGUGACGCCAACAUCAGUUCAGGCGGCGCGAGCCGGAAACACCAUCACUGCUCUCAUGCUCUACCGACGCAAAGUAAACAGAGAGGAGCUCACACCGAGUCGUGUUCCGGGCACCGUGAUCCCUCUGUGUGCAGCUCAGUGUGAGCGGAUGUUCAACACCACGCGAACACCAGGAGUCGAGACUGAUGUGCUCCAACAUUGGCAGGACAGCGAGUUUGUGGCGGUGUACCACGGGGGGCGUUAUUUCCGGCUGUGGGUGUACCGGGCGGGCCGGCUGCUGUCUCCCAGAGAGAUCGAAUAUCAGAUACAGAGAAUCCUGGACGACUCUUCACCACCGUUUCCUGGAGAGGAGAAACUGGGAGCUCUGACAGCUGGAGAGAGGAUCCCCUGGGCUCAGAUGCGGCAGCAGUUCUUCAGAUCGGGCCUCAAUAAGAAGUCUCUGGACGCCAUCGAGAAGGCGGCGUUCUUCAUCACGCUGGACGAUGAAGAGCAGGGCAUGAAGGGAGACGACCCUGCGGGGAAUCUGGAUCGCUACGCCAAGUCUUUGCUCCAUGGCAAAUGUUACGACAGGUGGUUCGAUAAAUCCUUCUCCAUUGUGAUCUACAAAAACGGGAAAAGCGGCCUGAACGCAGAGCACUCCUGGGCUGAUGCGCCGACAGUGGCCCAUCUGUGGGAGUACACUCUGGCUACAGACGCCUUCCAGCUGGGCUACACUGAAGAAGGACACUGUAAAGGAGAGGUGGAUCUGUCGCUGCCGCCGCCUCAGAGGCUGGUGUGGGAAAUCUCUCCAGAGGUCCAGGCUCAGGUCUGCAGCUCCCUGGCGGUGGCCCAGGUUUUGGCUGACGAUGUGGACUGCCACGUCUUCCCCUUCAGGGAUUUUGGAAAAGGUCGCAUCAAGAAGUGCCGGAUCAGCCCCGAUGCGUUCAUCCAGAUCAGCCUGCAGCUGGCCUACUACAGGGACCGUGGUGGUUUCUGCCUGACAUACGAGGCGUCCAUGACCCGUCUGUUCAGAGAGGGCCGCACGGAAACUGUGAGGUCCUGCUCCAAAGACAGCUGUGCCUUUGUCCGAGCUCUGGAGAGUGGACAAACGGAGGAGGAGUGCAGACGUCUUUUCAGACUGGCUUCAGAGAAACACCAGAACCUUUAUCGGAUGGCGAUGACCGGAGCUGGGAUAGACAGACACCUCUUCUGCCUCUAUGUCGUCUCCAAAUACUUAGGUGUAGAUUCGCCUUUUUUGCACAAGGUUCUGUCAGAACCUUGGCGCCUCUCCACCAGUCAGACCCCAGUCCAACAGCUGGAGCUGUUUGAUCUGAAGAACAACCCAGAUUACAUUUCACUUGGAGGAGGAUUUGGACCUGUUGCAGAUGAUGGUUAUGGGGUUUCAUACAUCAUUGUCGGAGAGGACCUCAUAAACUUCCACGUGUCGUCAAAGCACUCCUGCAGUCAGACUGACUCCCACAGGUUUGGAGCUCAGAUACAAAAAGCCCUUCUGGACAUAAUGGUUCUGCUAUCAGCUGAUGCUAAAAGCUCCUCCUCCUCCAAAGGCUCCAACCAACCGCAGUCCAAGAAGCUCCUCUAAAGCAUGUUAGCCUUGUUACCUGACAGUCCAAAAGCUGUGAUGCAACAGGAUCAAGGUAAUAUCAGGCAUCACAUCCUGAUGAUAAACAAUACCACAGAGAUGAGGUGUUGUUAUUGACAAAACAUUAGAUUUCAGCUAAUAAAAAGGUUAUUUUUCUCCCGUAUAACUCGACAAACGACAGCCAACAGGCUGUUUUUUUGUUUGUUUUUUUUUAAUGCAUGUUUUUAGACAACUACUAGGUAACAGCAGAAAGGCCUCUCCUUUCUUUAACAUUAGAAACAUAUCAAGCUAAUGCUAGCUCGUAUGUUAGCUACGCUAACUGCUCAGGAUUCUUGUUUUUCUGCCUUUAACUCCUAAACCUGGUGAAGCUACAAUAUGACGACUUUUUAAGUAAGCCUGAAAGUUUCUCACGUCUAAGCAAGAGUCAGAUGGACAAAGAGGAAUUUCACCAGGGAGAAAUCAGAGUAAGAAUGCGGUACUGGUACGUCUUCACAAGAGCUAAUCAGGGAACAAUAGACUCACCUGCUGCCUUGCUGGGUGUUCCUUGGUUGUGGCGGCUUAGACCUUUUAUAGCAAGUGGUUACCUUAGCUACUGUUGGUUUUAUUUCAUCUUGACCCAAUGUGUCUAUCUGCUAAUUGAGUAUUUUCUCAUUUUGAAACCGCCAUGCUCCAUUUAAAGUUACUGAAAUCUCUUUUCUUCCUCCUUCUUACACUCUAAUAGUGUUUCAACAAGUCAUCCUAUCCACUUGUAGAAGCAUAAAUAUAUUCCUUGUGAUUGGCCUAUUUACUGUUUGUGUAGGGAUGCAACUAAUAAUUUAGUUAUAGAUUAAUCCUUCAGUUAUUCUGAUGAUCAAUUGAUCAGUCGCCUAAAAGAAAACAUGCACAUCCUGCAUUUUUCAUUUAAGUCUUUUUUAUGCAAUAUUAGAAAUACAUUAAAAGGUGCAAAUAAACAACUAAUUAAAAAUAUUUUUGUAAUUAAGAAAAUAAACUUUUUAUGACCUAAAACACAGUAACAGCAUACCUCCAGUGAAUGCUUGAUCAUGUGUGGUAAAGGAAGCAUCUGCAGCUAAAUUAUCCUUCUAACAACACGUGAAAAUCUCAGCCAUGCUUGCUUGACGUAACAUCAACGCAGUGUUGGACUGAUUUGUUGACUUUUUUUUUGUUCGAUGAAUAAUUGGAUAUCAAAAGGGGCUUAGUUGGAGAUUUAUUUUUUCAGAAUUUGAAUCAGGUGAAGCUAAUACUGCCCCUUGAGGAAUUCUGUAUGGAACAGAUUUACAGACAAAGUUGUUUUUGUUUUUUUUUUUUACCUUAAAUGCAAAGUGUAUACAUAUUUUUGUACAGUUUUGUUCUUUAAGCCUUUUUUAAAUUCUGUUUUGUUCAUUUACUAAAUUAGUUGACGAUUAUUUCAAUAAUUAACUAAUCAGACAGAAAUGCAUGUCUGCUAACACACAUUUGAACAGAUGUAGCUAAUAAAGCGGCAGUUGAAUGCAUAUUAAUGACAUAGACACUGCUAGCAUACCUCACCAUGGUGUUUGUAGCUGCCAUUGUUCCAUUAUGAAGUAAGAUCAGAUCUCUACCAGGGUGAGAAGCCACUGACAUGUAAACAGUUAGAGCUGCACAGUGAUAAAAAAUCAAUCAGUGAUGAUAUCAGUUGUGAUAAAUACUUCUUCUGUAUUCUACACUCUCUGUGACCUCUUGCCUCUUGGUCAGUGUUAUCCCUCAGGUGUGGAUACUCUAUGCAACAAGCUGAAAAUAUUACUGGGAUGCAAAGAGUGAAAUCCUGAAUAUAAAACCCAACAUCUGUUGCUUCCUAAACACUCCUUUGUGGUACGAAUAUUGUCCCCAUUUUCUUAAGGACACAAUCUGCUGCGUGUCGUCAAACGCUGAAGCUAAAGCACAAAUGAAUUAGGAUGUUCGGCUUGAUGGCUCUUGGAAAUUUGAACAACUUUUCAUGUAUAUUUUCUCAGAGUCUAAAAUAUGUUUAGGAUAGUAUUUAGAGGCCACCUCUUAGGAAGUUAGUGUUCAGCAGCAAAGAGGGACAGAUGUCUGACGGAAAGCCAAAAACGUUCAGAAUGCUGGGCUAGAGUUCACAUUCAUGUACAGUAUGAUGGAGGAGUUUGUUAAAAGAGAAGACUCGCAUGUCACCAUUUAAGUUUUCCACUUCAAGUCUCAAGAAGAGACGAUUGAAUCCCUCCUCAACCCCCAGGUUUGGAUCCAGAGAUCUUAAUCCACAAAAUGUAAAUAUUGUCUAUAUCAGAUCAUAAACAGAUGAGGAGAAAUUUGUUGGAACCCAUAAUAAAUAAAUGAAUAUUAAAAAAACAAAAUAUUUUAUGUGCUGCAAUCCAACCUUCAGUAAUCCCAUACAGGUGGUGUCUGAGUAUGUUACCAUUUAUAUGAGGGGUGUCAAACUCCAGUCCUCAAGAACUGCAGUCCUGCAACUGUUAGAUGUGAUUUACCUGUGGCACAUCUAAAAACUGCAGGUCUGCGGCCCUCGAGGACUGGAGUUUGAGACCUGUGACUUAUACUGAGCUGUUUAUGGCAUAGAAGUUAGCAAGAAGGGAAAGAGAAACUUUUUCAAAUGUGUUUUGUCUGUGAUUUGUAUUAUAAAGAUGUAGAUACUGUAUAUUAGUUGUGUAGAAGAUGUGUCGGUAGUAGAAGUAGAUGAUUUAGUACACAUUUUUAUUGCUCUCAUUUAAUGGUUUGUUUUUUUGGGAGGUGUGAGGGUGUUGCGUAAAGCCCAUGAAUGCCCUUACUGCCUUUUAGGUUUGCAAAUGUAACUUUGAACAAGACUCCGACCUCAGCUCCACCUGAGUCGUCGCUCUCACAGUGCAGUAGUUGUCAUGCUUAAUCUCAGUUUCCUAUUAACCACAGGCUAUUACUCUUUAAUAGUCUUAAGCACAACACGGUGUAUAAACAUGUCAGGGAUUCCAGCCCUGGCUAUAAACCUGCUGCCUGCAGAGGCAAACCCUUGUGCCUGUGUGAAAAUGUUUACUCUGCUCAACAGUAUCAAUGCAAAUGAAUGAAUCAAUGCAAACCCAGUGGGAAACCUCUUACAAUGAAAUGCUCAGCGGUUAUGUUUUAAUGAGAAUUUGCUACAGUUUGGCCAGUUUGCUGCUAUUUGUACCGUCAGAAUUUGCAACCUGUCUUGUAAUGUGGUGGGAAAACCACUUUAUCCAAGCUACAUAAGUCUGUUUAAUGUUUUAAGCUAAAAACAUGUUGACGCAUCAAAUAUUUAGUGACUAAACAAACAUUGAACACAUACAGUUUUUUUCUGUCUCAGAUUAUCCUUGCAGGAAGUCAUAAAACAGCUCGUCAUUAGCUGUGUUUCCACUAUAAAUGUGUGCAAAACUUAGACAACAUUCCGCUAACGUCCAAAAAACACAAUUUUGUAAUUGUGGUGUUUUUAUUAAAUAAGAAAUGUAAUUAAAAUCACACGUGAAUAAAUUUGUUCAUGCUAUGAGUCAGUAAAAACCAUCCUCCGACCACUUCCUGUCGUCUUCUUCGUGGUUUAUUAUAGUAGUAAUAUCCCAGUGUUGAUCGUGUGACUCAGUUUGACGCAAAAACAUUGUUUCUAUUGCAGUUUUACAAAAUAAACCAAUUUUGAUACAGCCGGGAAAAAACCCACCUUAUCAUAGCACAAAAAAUGUUUCAGUGAAAAACUUGUGUCUCUAUUAAGCAAUUUUAUUUUUUAUAAUUUCAAUUUGUGCAGUUUCAUUGUUAAUGGAAACACAGAUAGUGUCAGACACAUAGAUACCUUGUAUACGGAAUGUUUCUGUAUUCUGGGGGGGAAAAACCACAGAUGGUUGAAAUGUCUGUAAUCCAUACCAUGCAGGUUUAGUUUCCCACCAAGACUGAUGUUGAAAUCUCAGUAGUUUGAAUAGAUUAUAUCUGUGAAAACCCUGAGGAAUCCCACUGGGUACCUUUAGUUGUUGUCUUCGUCUAUACCUGCGUUCUUUUACUCGUACAACUGCUUCUUUACCAAGCUGCAGCUCUGCUCAACACAAAACACCAUUUGUGUGUCAGACGGCUUGAAUAGCUGAGAACACAAAAGACUUUUUCUUGACUUUACCUUCCAAACUUUCCUCAACAAGUACUUGAUGACUCUUCAAAAGAAGAAUCAUCUGUAAGAGUUUCUUAUAACGCUGACACAAUUGUUACCUUUUGUGGUUUCAGUCUCUGUUAAAUCAAGACCUGUGCUGGACUAUCCCUCAUAGUCCAGCACAUAUUUUUGUCAAAUAUUUUUUAUUCAUAUGGUGCAAAAAGCUGUUUGUUUUCUACCAUCUGACUGAAGUAUAUUCUUUUUGUUUUUCUCUGUGUUCCCUGACAAAAGCAGAUGUGUUGAGUUUAAUUUUUUGUACUUUAUUUCUAAACCGUAUUGAAACGUCAGCUUGGAACUUUGUGAUGGUUUUUGGUUUUGUGUUAAAAUAAAUUGUUUACUGGCAAA